UGACAGGAAGACAAUACCAACUACUUGUGCUGAUGACAGGAAGACAAUACCAACUACUUGUGCUGAUGACAGGAAGACAAUACCAACUGCUUGUGCUGAGGACAGGAAGACAAUACCAACUGCUUGUGCUGAUGACAAGAAGACAAUACCAACUACUUGUGCUGAUGACAGGAAGACAAUACCAACUACCUGUGCUGAUGACAGGAAGAUAAUACCAACUACUUGUGCUGAUGAUGCGUUAAAUGAGAAAGAACGCUGUUUGACUGAUAUGAUAAAUCAGCUUCAAUAUCUCAGGGAACAACUGAAAAGUCAGCAGAAACGAAUUAGUCAGUUUGGUGCUGAGGGUAGCGCGGAAAAUGAUAAAAUCCAGAGGUGGCAACAAGAACAGAUUCGUCGUCAACAGGAACAGUUAGUCCAACAACAUCAAAAAAUCCAGGACCUCCAGAACCGACUCAAUGGACAAUACAUGGCAGCUGCGGGCGUAAAGUCCAUACGAGGACUUCCGAUCUUACCUGACAUCCUGACUCCUCAGACGCUUAUGUAUCUUCCACUGAUGGACGGAGGACACUCGGCAGCAACUGAACUCCCUUAUUCAGCUACUGCAUUCCCAAGAGAAAGUAGUUCGGUCACGACAGCAGCGGCCAUAACGUCUCUACUUCCUCAAGUUCCAUUUACUGCCGCUUGUCGACAAACUGGACAAACAGCCAGUUUACCUUCUCUAACGCCAACGCCCCAUCCGUGGGUUUGUGGAAGUGUGCCAGUGUCAAGUAGCCCUGUAACCUCCACUCGUUUCGGAUCAGGCUCCACAUGUGGAAAGGUUCGUCAUAGAACAUCUAUCCCAGGAGUCUCGGGCCCAAUAUCUGAGGGCGAAGCUCCUCUUAAUCUCACUAAGCCCAAGUCAUCAAGCAGCAAAAGCAACAGUACCAGUUGUAGUCCAACUCCUCAGGAGAAAGAAACUGGAUUCUCACCUGCAACUUCUCCCAUUUCCUGUUCCAUAUCUGUUUCUAGAGCACCGGCAGGGAUAGAGGCUGGACCGACGUUUUUCCCUGGAAGUGGAAUAUAUGGACCUCUUCCACUUCACUUCAGAAACACCACUCAUCACCCCUUCACUGGUUUUGUUGGGCAUCCUUCUGCACUACGAGCUGCAGCGUUACAAGGAGUUGAUAGACCACCCAGCUCUGGAAUGCCGGUUGGACAGACCACGCCUGGCUUGGAACUGGGAUCAUCAGAAAGUCAAUUCCCGCUGCAUAUGUACAUGACACAAACUGCCAAAACAUUAUCUAGUGACUCUAAAAGUUCAAAGAAAGAAGCCACAGAGGCAAGCACUAGCGACGACGACAAGAAAGGCGAGAUGGUUAUUACUUGUCAGACUAAACUAUUAAGUGCCAAGAUUAUUCGGCAGUCAAAGAAGGACACUGAUGGAAAACCUCACGUCAAAAGACCAAUGAACGCCUUCAUGGUAUGGGCUAAAGACGAAAGACGUAAAAUUCUGAAAGCUUGUCCUGACAUGCACAACUCCAAUAUUUCAAAAAUAUUAGGAGCCCGAUGGAAGGCCAUGUCUAAUUCAGAAAAACAACCUUAUUAUGAGGAACAAUCUCGUCUCAGUAAACUGCACAUGGAAAAGCACCCGGAUUAUCGGUACAAACCUCGACCUAAACGGACCUGUAUAGUGGACGGUAAAAAACUUCGCAUUUCUGAAUAUAAACAACUGAUGAGGUAUCGAAGAACCGAAAUGAGGAGCUUAUGGUACCGUGAUGGAACUGUAGGAUUGUUGGAACCACCAACUUUUGUCAAUCCUACAAGUAUUGCCUCCCUUUUAGCUGCUACUUCUAGUGGGACUUCUACUUCUGCUGACUUAAUUCAAUCCUUCACAUCAAAUAAAGUACCUACAGGUUACACAAACGCACCUAUGACCAUAGUAAGCCAUUCUUUAUCCAAUCUCCCAGCCAAGGUUACAAACACUGUUCUAUCGAAGGAAACAGGUUAUAACAUAAUGGAAACUUCUACAUGAAACAUGAACUUUGAUGCAUCUAACAAUCAAUGAAGAGGAAGAGGUCAUCUAAAUACGCUUAUGCUAUUUUUUUUUCAAGUUGUUGGUGGUUGUACCAAACUCUCCUUAUUUAUAAGGAUAGCGCAAUGGUAAAAAAAUAGGUAUAAACUACGAAAUAACAUAUUGAACUCCCUCAACCUCAAAGCAAGGGAAUAGGUUUUAAUUGCUAGUGACUUGGAAGAAAGUGAUUACAAAUUCAACGUUUUAUACAUACAUAUAUAUAUAUAUAUUAUGUGCUUGUGUUUUUAAGUGUUGACUUAUUAUCAAAAAUUGCCCAUGUUUCUUUAAUGGGUAAAUUGGUGUUCCAUAACAUUUCUGUUUCUUUUUUUUUUAAUUGUCUCAAAAACGCUAUAUUUGUGGAAUCACCAUCAUCUUUGGUGAUUACUGUUCUUUAAUGUUAAAAAAUGACAAAGCCUUUUAUAAAUGCCUGCUCAAGAUGACUUUUCUUCUAGUCUGUGAUGAUGAUAAGUCUUUGGACAUUUACGAGAAGUUUUUCUUUAUAUGCUAAUAUUGUUAACCAAGUGAAAUAGAUAAUCCAAAAUGGCUGCUCUGUUACUAAAGAAUUUUUUUUCUGUAUUUUUUCUUGUGUAACGUUUAAUAAUAUAUUUUUAUUAACUAAUUUGUUAGUCAAUAACAUUAGAGUUUUAAAAAUCCUACAUUUCUCUAUCAAUUUUUGUACAAUUCUACUUUGUACCGUUUCAAGAGAACUACUUCCAACUAUACUGUAAUGGUUUCAAGGUUACAUACUUCAUUUUUUGACCACAAACAUUUGCUUACUCCAUGAUAUAUGACUUAGUUUCCAACUGAGAAAAUUUUGAUUGCCAGUAUUUUGAAUGUCUGUCUCUUAGUAUUGUUUCAUUUUACCGUCAUAAAUACUGUUAACAGCUAACUUGAUUUCACAGUGAACAUUGUUAAAGGUGUGUCUAUAAAAGGUGAUGACAAGUUUCAGAAAUACUUGGAAUGCAUUUGAUGUUACUGUAAAUUUUGUUCUUGAGAUUAGUGAAAAAAAGGAUUAAAUGUCGCGACAAAUCUUUCAAUUACCAGUAUAUAUUCAACUGGAGACAACAGUGCCAUAAAUAACAUGUUCCUAACUGAUGUGAGUGUUUGUCAAUAGACUAAGUUCUCAAAACAGAAGAGAACUUUAGUAGUUAGUAGUUUAUAUUCUCACACUAGUCUCUUCCAUAAACAGGCAGCCAAGAAUGCUGUGCCAAUUGUUAAAGUGAUCAUCUCGUCUGUGUUACGGCAGCUGUUGUCUUUUUAGGUAUCAUGAAAUAACAAAAGCUGUUUAACAUACGCCGAGUAAAGUAUAAUGUAGUUUCUGCUCAUUUUCUUGGAUAAACAUUAUGUUAAAUAAAUACAUCAAUAAUUAGAUGGAACUACACGUUACUUAGUUCUGAUAACAUUGCAGUCAGUCAUCACCUAUUAGUGAGUCUUUUAGUUAUCAGUCGUGUUACUUCUUUACUCUCAAUUCCAAGUUUCAUAGGCUUAGGUUAUGAUGGUAUUAAAUUAGGUUUGUGUUUUUAUGUUAACUUUAUUUUAAGUGGUGAAAAAAAUGCACUUUAAGCAAUUUUAAUUCAAUGUACCGAUGAAAGAUAUUUUCAUCCAAACACGAUAUCUGAUUUUGUUGGAAGCAGUAAGUUUAAUAACGUACUGACUAAGUUGAUCAGAUCAGAUGUUAUCAAAAACUUACUUCGCCUAAAGGUAAGAUAAUAGAAGGAUCUAUAAUUUGCCAUACAAAGGGCAUUUAGAAUUCAAUUCUUUUAAAUAUACAUUUUUUAUUUCACAUUUGUAUAAAAAACAAGAGGCCAGUGUAUUAUUCAUUAACAUAGUUUUGACAGCUGUAACUAAUGUGGGCAGGUAUAAUGUUAGAUGUUUUGAUGUAUGAGUAGAAGAAGCAAGUUUAACGUUGUCCUGUAGGAGAGGCUACCGAUAAUAAAGUUUUGAACUUUUCAAAUCAAGAAACUGAGAAAAUUAUCUGUAUGAUUUCUCACACAGAAGUAAUCAUAGCAGUUGUUUGGGGAAAAUAAUCUGUUGUGGCACUAUUUGUAUGUAAAGUUAGGGGUAAUAAAGAAUUUUACUGAA